CUUAAAACCGGCCGUACCUCAGCGCAUAGAGCAGCGUUAGUGAUUGAUUGAUAGGACUGCGCUAUUUUACUGCCCUGUGCCAGCGGGAGAAAAAGAAGGGCAUCGAUUCGCUCAGACAACAGUGAGGUGGUUUGAGUGCAGCCCAGCAGUUGGCCUCAGCUAACGAUGUCGACGCGCGCCCUGCUGCUGCUAGGCGUCUGCGGCGUCGCGCUCCAGCCGUCUCGACCACCACACCACCCAAAGACGCGGCGCCACGCCGCGACCCAGGAGCCGCCGCCCGCCGACAAGCCGCCAUUGACGCCGCCGACGCCCCCUCCCCCAAAGCCCGUCACGGGCCCCUGGCAGUGGUCGCCCGACCAGCAGAAGGCCGAGACCGAGGUCGCCGCGUGGAGGAGAAGUGUCACGAGCGCCGACUUCGACGAUGCUUUAGUGUUCCGUCUCUUCCGGCGGCAGUUCGAGGUGCUGCUGCCGGACUUCGAACCGAAGGAGCAGUUAGCUGUGUCCGCACGGCGGGGCCGGGCUUCCUUACGACGGUUGAAUGGCGACGCGAGAGCCAUAAACAAGCUGUUCAACCCGCUCUGCACGGACACGAACUGGCCCUUGCAGCUCACGCGAUGUGCUUGUGAUGCGGUCUCAAUAGCUUGGACGUCGGUGUUUACAUUAAAUAGAGAUCCACUCGAGGUUAGAAUAUCCAAGGCCGAGCUCGACUUUGAUCAAAAACUGCAGCGACCUACCAAUGCCGAGUUAAGGCGAGCGGGCAUCGAGUGGCGGUCGUUGUUCGGGCCCUUACCUUCCUACAUGCGCGAGCACCCGACCGUCGAGGGCGCUCGUUAUUUGAUUGACGAGUUGGUAUGUGUGGCGCGAAGGGUAGAGACGCCCUUUGCUCGCGGGAGCAACGCUACAUUAAGAGUGACCUUCUCCGGCGUCGACGCGCGAAGUGUAGACAAUUCGUCACGCGUGGCAGACUUAAAAAAGUGCUGGGCCUCGUUCAACACGCCGCCGAAUCAGAAAUACGCCUUCAUCGCGAAGCGCAUCGUCGCGCGGGAGAUGGUCGUGGAACUGUGUUUUGAAGGGGAUGCUCGCGCCGAGGCGGCGGCGGCUGCUGUCAGGAACGCGGCGGAAAUAGCGUUCGCUCCCACGACGAUCCGGAUCGCGCCGCCGGGCACGGGCCACGACGAGCCCCCGGUCUUGGACAUGGAUCCGUGCGGCGCGGCGUCCUCGCAUCGAUGGCGUCGAGCUCCACGCCGUCGCCGCGUCGACGGUGUUCCACGCAGGCUGCGGCUCCUGUCGCGACGGACGCGCCGGUCGAAGAAAACCGCGCCGGUCGUCGUCGAGGAACCCCACGACCCCCACGAGCACGAGACGCACGUCGAGAUUUGCGCAGAGAACGACCAGGAAUCUCCACCCACGGAGGAGGAGGAGGCGCCGCCUCCACCGGAACCAGAAUUUGUGGAAGUGUUCCGCGCGCCGACGCCGGCGGCCUUGGUGACCUUUGGGUAUGAUUCGCCUGCGAAUGAAGUGGCGUCGGUGCGCUUUGAUUUGGACUUGCGGCGGGGGCGCGUCUCAUUGACGCCCGACACACUACGGGAGCCGGCGCGGCGGCCGGGCGAUGUCGAUUUAGGAGUCUUCAUGCGGCUCGGGAGCUCGGGCGCGGUGUCGGUGUCGCGGCCCGUCGACGACGUGCCGGGGGGUGUCGGGGGUAGGGUGCGUCGCGUGCUGCGGGACCGCGUCGUGCGGCCGUUUCUUGCUCUUUUCAUCCUGGCGUGGGGGCUGCGGUUGUUCUAG